AUGGGAUCAGUAGCACUUUCAGAGUCCAUGAGUGGCAUCAAAAUUGCCAUCGACAGGGGUGGCACCUUCACAGAUAUAUGGGCAACAGCACCUGGGCAUCCGGACCUUGUAUUCAAACUCUUAUCUGUUGACCCUGCGAAUUACGCUGAUGCUCCCACGGAAGGGAUUCGACGUGUACUUUCUACGUAUGGGGGUGUAGAAAUUCCGAGAAAUGUUCCGUUGCCGAAGCAUGCCAUUGAUAGCAUUCGCAUGGGAACUACUGUUGCGACUAACGCUUUACUUGAAAGAAAGGGCAGGAAGCAUGCUUUUCUCGUGACCAAAGGUUUCCAAGAUUUGCUCGAAAUCGGGUAUCAAUCGAGACCGAGACUUUUUGAUCUGAAUAUCUCGAAACCCGAGGUCUUGUAUUCAGAGGUGUACGGAGUUGAUGAGCGUGUCACCAUUGAAGGUUUCGACGAAGAUGUUGAAGGUCUAUUUGGUGUUACUAAGGUCAUUCCAGGUGUAGUAGAGCAGGGUAUCAAUGGCCAGUUGAUUCGAAUUCUGCGGCCAUUGGAUGAACAGUCAUUAAGGCGCCAAUUGCAAGACAUCAGAUCCAAAGGCAUUGAUACCAUUGCUAUCUGCUUUACUCAUUCAUAUGCAUACCCAGCACAUGAAGCCAGAGCUGGACAGCUCGCUUUGGCCGCUGGCUUUACUCACGUUUCCCUGUCCUCUGAAGUUGCAGCGAAUAUGAUCAAAAUGGUACCACGAGGAAGCUCAGCAACUGCCGAUGCCUAUUUGACUCCAGAAAUCAAGAAGUAUCUGGAGGGAUUCCGGAGAGGCUUUGAAGGCGGCCACCUAGACGACGUCAAAUGCGAGUUCAUGCAAUCCGACGGAGGACUUGUGAGACAUGAUCGUUUUACUGGUCUGAAGGGUAUCCUUAGCGGACCUGCAGGUGGAGUUGUUGGAUAUGCAAAAACCUCGUUCGAUGAAGCCAACAGAAUGGCCGUCAUUGGUUUUGAUAUGGGAGGCACAAGCACCGACGUUUCAAGGUACGGCGGUGCCUUUGAGCACGUCUUCGAAACGACCACAGCUGGUGUGACUAUUCAGAGUCCACAACUCGAUAUUAAUACUGUUGCAGCAGGUGGUGGGUCUAUUCUAGCUUGGAGAAAUGGUCUCUUCACUGUUGGGCCUGAAAGUGCUUCCUCCCAUCCCGGACCUGCUUGCUACAGAAAGGGAGGACCUCUGACUGUGACCGAUGCAAAUCUUUUCCUCGGAAGACUGGUCCCCAAAGCAUUCCCAAAUAUCUUUGGUCCCAACGAGAAUGAGCCUCUAGACGAAGAAAUCGUGCGUGAGAAGUUUCUUCGAAUUACAGCCGAUAUAAACGCGGAAAUUGGGGGCACUCUUACACCUGAGGAAAUUGCCUGCGGAUUCAUCGACGUGGCCAACGAGGCCAUGUGCAGACCAAUUCGCGCUCUCACAGAGGCUAAAGGACACGCAAUUUCAAAUCACCAUUUAAGCGUUUUCGGAGGUGCUGGUGGACAACACGCCUGCGAAAUUGCCGCCAAACUAGGUAUCCAAAGCAUUAUCAUCCAUAAAUAUUCAAGCAUCCUCUCGGCAUAUGGUAUGGCACUAGCGGAUGUUGUUCAAGAAGCCCAGAGACCCCACAGUCAGAUCUAUAAUGCCGAAACCCGCGAAGCAGUAUCAAGUGUUUUUGAUUCCCUCAAAAAACAAGUUCAAGCUGGCAUUGUUUCGCAAGGCAUAAAAGAGGACAAGAUCCAGUACGAGUUUUAUCUGAACAUGAGAUAUCAAGGCACAGAAACGGCAAUGAUGAUCAUGGAGUCAGACACGUCGGACUUCAAGAGUGAGUUCUUGAAGAGACAUCUCCAGGAAUUCAACUUUGUCUUCCCCGAGGAUCGACACAUUUUGAUUGAUGACAUUCGUGUUCGUGCUAUCGGUAAAAGCAACGAAACUUUGAACGGGACUGCACAGAUCUCCGAGGAAAUGAAGAGCUUGACAUUUACGGAGGCCAAGCAAAAGCCUGAUAACACAAAAACAGUGUAUUUCAAGAAACAUAAAGCAACAGAAACGCCGGUCUAUUUACUUCAUGCCCUACAACCAGGCACACUUCUCAAGGGUCCGGCUGUCAUCAUUGACGCCACACAGACAUUAGUAGUCGUGCCAGAAGCCCAAGCAAGGAUCCUAGAAUCGCAUGUCGUGAUUGACCUAUUGUCAACGACUAAACAAGAGAUCUCUGACCAAGUUGUGGACCCAGCUACUUUGAGUAUCUUCGGUCAUCGCUUCAUGAGUAUAGCUGAGCAGAUGGGUCGAGCCCUCCAAAAUACUUCUGUAUCAUUGAACAUCAAGGAGCGUCUCGAUUUUUCCUGUGCGAUUUUUGGACCUGAUGCCGGUCUUGUGGCAAAUGCACCGCACGUUCCCGUUCAUCUUGGAUCAAUGAGUUACGCUGUCAAAUAUCAACAUGAAUUGCUUCGGGGAAAACUUACCCCCGGAGACGUGCUUGUUUCAAAUCAUCCCGAAGCCGGUGGUACACACUUGCCAGAUAUUACUGUGAUAACUCCAGUCUUCGACUCUCAGGGCAAAGAUGUUGCUUUCUACGUGGCAUCUCGUGGCCAUCACACGGACAUUGGUGGUCUCGGUGGUACCUCCAUGCCACCAAACUCUACUGAACUCUGGCAGGAAGGCGCAGCAAUCAAGUCCUUCAAACUCAUCCAUAACGGUCACUUUGACGAAGAAGGUGUCACCAAGAUUCUAGUACAGCCAGGAGAGUACCCAGGGUGCAAUGGAAGUCGCCGCCUGAACGACAAUCUGUCAGAUCUCAAGGCGCAGGUUGCUGCAAACAACAAAGGCCUCAGUCUUGUUCAAGCUUUAAUGGAAGAAUACUCUCAAGAGAUUGUCCAGCUCUACAUGGCGGCCAUUCAACACAAUGCCGAGCUUGCAGUUAGAAACUUCUUAAAAAACACACUGCAAACACGUGGUCCGGUGCUGUUAGCUGAAGAUGGCAUGGACAACGGAUCUUUUGUCAAAUUAAAGGUCACUAUUCAGGAAGACGGCAGUGCAACCUUCGACUUCACUGGUACAUCUUGCGAGAUGUAUGGAAAUAUGAACGCCCCUCCAGCCAUCACCCACUCCGCACUACUUUACUGCCUGCGGCUACUAAUUGGGACUGAUAUUCCCAUGAAUCAAGGAUGCCUUGCACCCACCCAAGUCAUCUUGCCUCAAGGAUCGUUCUUGAAUCCUUCAGCGGGACCAGCCGUUUGUGCAGGUAAUACCCAGACAUCACAACGCGUCUGUGACGUGAUCAUGAAGGCAUUCAGAGUUGCAGGUGCAAGCCAGGGCUGUAUGAACUGUCUCGGAUUCUUUGGUGAAGGCGGAAAGGACGCCCAAGGCAAUCCACUUCCUGGACAUGCAUAUGCAUUCGGAGAGACUAUCUGCGGAGGAUCCGGAGCCACUGCUGUGGCCAACGGUGCUAGCGCUGUUCACACACACAUGACAAACACCAGAAUCACAGAUCCAGAGAGUCUCGAGAAAAGAUACCCUGUUAUUCUCCGGGAAUUCUCCAUUCGACCGUCUAGUGGAGGUAACGGUAUGCGAAAAGGCGGAAAUGGUGUAGUUCGAGACAUCGAAUGCAGAGCGCCUCUCAAGUUUAGCGUCAUUACCGAGCGAAGAAUCACAUCUCCAUAUGGUAUGUGUGGAGGUGAGGAUGGCAGCCGAGGAGCAAACUACUGGGUCAAGAAGAACCCCGACGGAUCUGAAAGAUGGAUCAAUUUGGGUCCGAAGAACAUGGUUGCCAUGUCUACUGGCGACCGUUGUAUCAUCCAGACACCAGGAGGUGGUGGCUAUGGGCAAGUUGGAGAUAUUACUCAUGACGAGGGAGUCAUGAAAGCGCCUAUUCAAUAUCCACGGGCUGCAGGAAGCGUUGCUGCAUAUGCAACCACGCAAGCAGAAGCAUCUUGA